AUGUCGUCCACAGAUUGCACUGCGGAGAUGGCCUCUGCGAGCAGUGCCCCCGGGGAGCGAGCUGUCAGUGUGCUGUGGUCCUUCAGUAAAUGCCUGGGUGCGCUGCUGCCCGUGUACCUGGCGGGAUACUACGGCUGCAGCAUCAGCGUGCUGCUGCUGGCGCUCAUGGUCUACAUGGGAUGGAAACACAGUCGGCUGGAAAAAUUGAUGAGACUCAAAUCCGCAAUGUACGUUCUGGAGAAUGAAAGGGAAUUCACAACGGCAAAGGUAUUCCGGAGCAAAGGGGAUUUGCCUCCCUGGGUCAAUUUUCCAGAUGUCGAAAAGGUGGAGUGGUUGAACAAGAUAUUGCAGCAAGCAUGGCCUUUCAUUGGGCAGUACCUUGAGAAGUUGCUGGUUGAAACCAUUGCUCCAACUAUUCGUGCAUCCAGCAUUCACUUGCAGACUCUCAGCUUCACCAAGGUCAAUCUGGGAGAUAAGGCUCUGAAGAUUGCAGGUGUCAAGGCUCACACUGAACAUGAUAAAAGACAAGUCAUGUUGGAUUUGUAUGUGAGCUAUGCUGGUGAUGUUGAGAUCAAUGUGGAAAUCAAAAAGUACUUCUGUAAGGCUGGUGUGAAAGGUGUUCAGCUGCAUGGAAAGCUGCGCGUCAUCCUCGAACCGCUUAUUGGAGAUGUACCGCUUGUUGGAGCCAUCACAAUGUUUUUCAUCCGCAGACCAAAACUGGAUAUCAACUGGACUGGAUUAACCAACCUCUUGGAUAUUCCAGGGUUGAAUGCCAUGUCGGACACGAUGAUCAUGGAUGCUAUAGCCUCCCACCUGGUCCUCCCCAACCGUCUCACCAUUCCCCUAGUGUCCAAUCUACAUGUUGCACAACUCCGCUCUCCUCUCCCAAGGGGCGUAGUGCGUAUUCACCUGCUGGAGGCUGAGAACCUCACGGCCAAAGACACCGUUAUUAAAGGGAUAAUUGAUGGAAAGUCAGACCCUUAUGCUGUGAUGCGUGUAGGGACCCAGGUGUUCACAUCUCAUCAUGUGGACAGUAAUCUGAAUCCACAGUGGAGAGAGAUGUUUGAGGUGAUUGUCCAUGAAGUGCCUGGUCAGGAGUUGGAGGUGGAAGUAUUUGACAAAGAUCCAGACCAGGAUGACUUCCUGGGCAGGGUCAAGGUGGAUCUUGAUAUUGUAAAAAAGGCAAGAAUUGUUGAUGAUUGGUUCAAUUUACGAGACGUCCCGAGUGGCAGUGUCCAUCUCCGACUGGAGUGGCUUUCUUUGUUGUCUUCUGCUGAGAGACUGAGCGAGGUCAUCCAGAAGAACCAGAACUUGACCAGUCGAACCACCGAUCCACCGUCUGCGGCCAUCCUUGCAGUCUAUCUUGAUCAGGCCCAUGCUUUACCCAUGAGAAAAGGAAACAAAGAUCCAAGUCCGAUGGUGCAAAUCUCUGUUCAGGACACAACCAAAGAGAGCAAGACAUGUUAUGGGACAACAAAUCCAUCAUGGGAGGAUGCCUUUACAUUCUUCAUUCAAGAUCCCUGCAAACAAGACAUUGACAUUCAAGUCAAAGAUGAUGACCGAGCAUUUCCGUUGGGAAAUCUGAGUAUUCCUUUGAGUCAUCUCCUCUCCUCCUCCAAACUCACAAUGGAUCAGUGGUUUCAACUGGAAAAUUCAGGCUUAGCGAGCAAGAUAUACUUCAAAAUGGUGUUAAGGGUUUUAUGGCUGAGUGAUGAUGCCACUCCUACCACCCCUCCUCGUCCUUCUUCUUUCGCCUCUGGGAUGGGGUCAGGGGCAUUGACCUCAGAGGUGAAUCCAAUGGGGCCAGGAGGGUUGUCCAAAACACCACCAACCCGACCACAGCACGCGACGCCUGACUCUGACUUUGCAACUGAGGGAGUGUUGCGGCUUCAUUUGGUGGAGGCUCAGAAUCUGAUUGCCAAGGACAACUUCAUGGGGGGCAUGGUGAAAGGCAAGAGCGACCCAUAUGUGAAGAUCCGUGUGGCUGGGAACACUUUUAGAAGCCACACAAUCAAAGAAAACCUUAAUCCCAUUUGGAACGAGCUCUUUGAGGUGAUAUUGACCCAGCUGCCCGGGCAAGAGAUUCAGUUUGAGUUAUUUGACAAGGACAUUGAUCAGGAUGACUUCCUUGGAAGGUUUAAACUAAGCCUUCGAGAUAUCAUAAGUGCACAAUGUAUUGACACGUGGUACACUCUUAAUGAUGUGAAGUCUGGACGUGUUCACCUUGUGAUGGAGUGGCUGCCCAGAGUUACUGAUGUGUUUAGACUGGAACAGGUCCUGCAGUAUCAGUCGCAGCAGUCGUAUCAGAACAAGGCUGUGCCGUCGUCAGCUGUCCUGUUUGUCUAUGUGGAGCGGGCGCACGGUCUGCCGCUGAAGAAAAAUGGAAAGGAGCCAAAAACUGGCGCAGAGGUUAUCCUCAAAAAUGUAUCACACAAGACAAAGAUUUUUGAGCGCUCAACCUCACCACGGUGGGAUGAGGCCUUUCAUUUCCUGGUACGGGAUCCACGGGAUGAAAUCCUCAUAGUGAAGCUCUCUCACAGUUGGGGCCAGAGUCUUGGCUCGGUCACACUGCCGCUCAGACAGGUCCUCUCCGAGCCUGGGUUGCUGCUCGAUCGCUGGUUCAAUUUGGACGGAGCUCUGCCAGAAAGUCAGAUACUACUGAGGAUCACACUUAAGAUCCUGGACACUCAGCUGACUUGUCGUAGGGGGGAGGGUGAUGUCUCCAUGGAGGAAGUUGUCCCCAAAUGGGACCCUUCUCAUCUUGACCUCAAACACAGGGUUGGUCAUUCCAUUGCUGGUGAAAACGGCGGAAAUGUUGCUGGACAGGUGAAGCUUUCCAUCGGUUACUCCACAGAGGAGAGCAGGCUUUUCAUCACAAUACAUUCUUGCAGGAACCUGGCACCCUGCUCAAAGGACGGAGCCGAUCCCUAUGUUACCUUUGUCCUUCUGCCCGAUAAAAAAGCAACUUCUAAACGACGGACUGCCACAAAGAAGAGAGACCUGAACCCAGAGUUUAAUGAGAGGUUCGACUUUGAUUUCUCACUGGAGGAGUCAGCGCAGAGAAAACUGGACCUUUCUGUGAAGCACAAUGUCUCGUUUAUCAGCAGAGAGAAGGAGCUCAUCGGAAAAAUGCAGCUGGACCUGGACCAAAUUGACAUCAAGACCGGUGUUACCCAAUGGUACGACCUGGUGGCAGAAGUCAAUUAG